AGUCAGAUCAGUUUAAUGCCUUUGGUAUUAUGUAUUGAUAUCAAAACGGAUGCUCCUUCCCGUCUUCAGCCUUCAGGAUGGGACGUCUGGGAUUUCUGUAAAGGCAUCAGCAUGAACUCGCUGGUUGGUUACGGAGUAUCUUCUGAUUCCGACAGCGACGGAGACGAAAACAACACUAAAGCAGACUGCAUUGAGACAUCAGCUGCCCAAAAGACCCGCAACUUUCUCCUGGAGUCCGGCUCGGCAUCCAGUGACUCGGAACCAGAGGAUGCGGGUCCAAAACCUCCAGCACCGGCACCACGUCUUCAAGCAACACGUCCUGCCCCGUCCAAAGCCCCGCCCUCAACCCAUCACAACCCGGGCAAACUCCCCUCCCCGUCCCUGAACGCCUCCUCCGACAGCGGCGUGUUCGCCAACCCCUUCAAGGCCCGGGCGGAGCAGCAGCUGAGCGCCCUGCAGAAGCACGUCCCGCUCACGACCCGGUCCAGACCCGCCCAGAUCGGCGGCAAGAAGAUGUGCGUCUCCUACAGGAAGGACGGGAGGUGCAGGUUCGGGAUCAAGUGCAAGUUCGCCCACGACAGUGACCUGCAGACCACCGGGGAGUCCCAGUACCCGCCCGCCGGGGGGGAAGCCCCAGAACCGGGUCCUGCUGAGGGCGGCGGGUCCCAGAACAAGAACCAGGCCGAGCCGGACGGCCAGCAGGCCAAGAAGAGGAGAGUUGGACUCAGCAACACCCUGAUUCCUCCCAAAAGAGCCCUGAAGCAGUACGCCAUGCUGAGGAGCAAAGGGCAGAUGAAUAUGUCCUGAAAAAGGUUUUGUUAGGUGGAUGGAAACAAGUUCUCUGAGUAAAUUGGUAGAACUUAUCUUAUUAUUAUUAUUAUUAUUAUUAUUAUUAUUAAAUAACCACCUAGAAUUGUAGAUGAAGGUCUGGACUCAGGAAGAUUAUACAUUAUAUCCGCCAGAUACCUCGGUCACAAGUGAUGACAUCCCCUCCCUUUGGGUCAUCCCUUUAACUUAGAAUUUUUUUUUUUCCCCCAAACUUCUCCAACAUCACAGAAACGCACAACCGAGAGUUCAUGCCACGCCGGGGAGGAAACUAUUCCCAUGAGAGCAUUUAUAAUUCCCAAGCAACUUGCAAUGUCACUGAUAGUUAAGGGGCAGAUGAAUACAGGACUGAAUAUUGUAAUUUUCUGUAAUGCAAUUACAAAAACAAAAAGGUCAUACAUUCUGGAUUCAUUACAAAUCAACUGAAAUAUUGCAAGCCUUUUAUUAUUUUAAUAUUGCUGAUCAUGGCUUACAGCUUAAGAAAACUCAAAUAUCCUAUCUCAAAAAAUUUGAAUAUUCUGGGAAUCUUAAACUUAAAUUGUAA